AUGGCUGCGACAUCCAGCGAACAAGCCUGGGUAGCCCAAUCCAGAACACCUCCUACGCUUGUGACGACUACCUUCGCUACAGUCGAGAGGAAUCAACUGGACGCGGACGAAGCUGAAGCUGCUGCUGCCGCAGCAAAAGACGAGGAGGAUUCUACACGCGCGACGUCCAGCAAAACACCCGCACGAGUUGACAAGGCCAAUCAAAAACCCUCCGUGUCAUUCGCCGCAGACCCUGCUACGCCUAAACCCGCACCAGCCAAAGGCUAA